UGUCACGGUCGGUCACGCCUCUGCUACACUCGUCAUGUAACAGCGUACAGUCACUACACUCAAGGUUAUGCUGAUGUUAUGCAGCUGGUACAAUGGGCUCUUAUCGACAUCUGACAAGUAUAUGUUGGUCCGUCGCCAUCUGACAGGAUGCAUAUCGCUGAUUUUGUGUCUGGAUCGUUUGCAGGGGCAUGUGGAGUUGCAGUGGGCUAUCCUCUGGAUACUGUCAAGGUCCGGAUCCAAACCCAGACACAGUUCACUGGGUUAUGGCAGUGUGCAGUGUUGACCUUUUCAAAAGAAGGGGUGCAUGGCUUCUUCAAAGGAAUGUCCUUACCCCUCACCACAAUCUCUAUGACUUCCUCUGUGGUGUUUGGCACAUACAGGAACUGUCUGCAAUGUCUGAGCCAGGCGCGAGGAGCUGGUGGUGGUCCCAACACUAAACUAGAAGUCUUUCUGUCUGGCUUGGCGGCAGGUAUAGCUCAGACGUCAGUGAUGUCUCCAGGUGACAUAGUGAAAGUACGUCUGCAGUGUCAGACAGAGUCCAAGCGAGGAGAAACCAACAUGCUCAAACCCAAGUACCGUGGUCCAGUUCACUGUCUGAUGAGCAUUAUCAAAGACGAGGGGUUCAUGGGGCUCUACAGAGGAGCGCUCCCGCUAAUGCUUAGAGACGGGCCAUCAUUCGCCACAUACUUCCUGACUUACACAAUCAUCUGCGAAUUGCUGACAGACAGCGGCAAGAAAAGACCAGGUUGGGGUGGUGUGAUGCUGGCCGGUGGAAUAGGAGGAAUGGUAGGUUGGACUAUAGGAACACCCAUGGACUUCAUCAAAGCCCGUCUGCAGAUGGACGGAGUGCAGCAGACGAAGCGAUACAAGGGCUUCUUUCACUGCAUCUCUGAGAUAGCGAGGGUGGAGGGAGCAGGGGUGUUCUUCAAGAGCUGGGGCAUCAACUGUCUGCGUGCAUUCCCCGUCAACAUGGUGGUGUUUGUUACAUACGAGGUUCUCAACGGUUUCCUCAGAGCCGACAGUGUUGACCCUCCUCGUCUAGGGUUCGAAUAGCAGCGACUGACUCCAUUCUAAAUCCCUCUCAUUAAUUAUGUUUAAUGCUGGUGUUUUACAUACAUGAUGGCAAAGACAUUUGCCAUUUGAAAAUGUCUGUUGCAUUGCAAUAUUUUCAUGGAAUGAUUGUCCACAGCCAUCCUUUGAGCUGUCACUUAUAUGUGUAACAUUCAGUUAGGUAGGGUAAUGUAUCCUAAUAUGCUCAGGGGGUAAUUUGACAGUAAUAGGCACUGUUGGUACCAUAGAAUGAACCAGCAAACUUCUGACCACUAGAUGCAUGACAGGUGAAGUUUUACAACAGAAGAGCAGUGCACCAAGAAACCUCAACAGGUUUAAGACUGCAACACAAAAUAAGGUAUAAUAGACUGUAUUCAAGAGCAUUUAAGGGCUUGAGUUUAGAAUUUACAAAUGAGCCGCAGCACGCACAACUGACAGUAUGAUACCCGUCCUGUUCCUCGCUCAACCAUGACUCAUUUCCAGCUCACUAGCUAAAUGGCUAGAUAAUCUAAAUAAAACACAAUGUGCCGAUAUUAUAAACCUUGAUGAACUGGAUUGAUGAGAUUAUUCUAUAAAUAGAAGUAUUAAAAGAAACCGUAGACCCAGCAUAAUCAGUAAAUGGUUUUAUAUCACUAUUACACACUACAAACGUAAAUGCUGUUAUUGUUGGAAUCCUCAAAGCAAAUUGUCUGUAAUCAGAAGAUGGAGACACCUCAUCAACUUCUUUGUUUUACUCCAUCUUCCUCUCAAACAUGUAGACAGGUGCAGAUCUACCGGGGUGGCAUAGGGUGGCAAGUGCCACCCUAAAAGAAAGCCUUACCCCCCUAGUUGGCAGCAACAAAUUAAAAGUUAUGGCCAAUUUGACAGUUUACGAGCACAAAUGUCCAAUGUCCGACUGCAGUCAGUCAAAAACAGUUUGCUUCCCCUCUCGCACAUCUGCCACUCAUCACCUGUGUCUUACCUUAAUGCCUUUCCUGUGAUAAAGCCCCUUACGUACUUCUAGUUCCUAUUAAGUGAGAUCACAUUGUAUGGUCACUUAUUCCUAAUAUGAACGGUUUCACAUGAAACCUCAAAUGCAAGACAUUGAUUGCAUGAGAUUAAGUUUGUCUGUAUGAGUUUGCAAAUGGCAGCCUGUGCCCUUUUGUAGUGUGUACAUACUAUUUCUGAUCAAACUGUAAUAACUGUGAUUGAAUUUAGUAUAUAUACAUCUGUCAUAUGUUGCCACCCCUCAAAAAAUCCUGCCCCCCUCUCGCCACCCCAUAAAUAUUUUUCUAGAUCCGCCCCUGCAUGUAGAAUUGUUUUUACCCAAAAUCCAACACGCAUAUUUGAAUUACUACUGUCUACUACUGCUACUGACGUGUAGACAUUUUAAGGGCAUAGGGUUUGGCAUCAGAGUGGGGGACACAGUGAAAUCAGCGUUCCUUUAACCGGAGGAAAAAUGUAAAUUAUAUUUUGUGUAAUUUAUUUAUAUGAUUAUCAUGAAAA